AUGGACGACGUUGUGGACGAGUCCAAGCUGCUGGAGGCUGAGGCGAAGGUGCUGAAGCCGUUCACUCCACAGGUGAGCGGUGUGGCCAGGGAGGCGAGCAGGAAGUCCUCUGCGAGUGCUGAGGGCCAGCACUCAGCAGCAGCAGCAGCAGCGCAUGCUGAGCAGUUGAAAGGUGAAGCCAACGUCAGGGAAACGGUUGUCUACGACUCCACAGGCGGCUCGCACUACGUUGGCUCGAGUGGCACGCCAUCGCUGUUCACACUGCUGUGCAACUUGCUGCUGAAGAGAUCGCUGAUACCGACGCUGUCGUUUGAUAACAAGAUCACGCUUUUCCAGAACGCUGCUGUCAGGAGCCAGGACUACAGAGCAGUCUCAGUGUCGCUGCUGUCCCACAAGACGUUUCCCGUGAUCCAGCUGAUAUCGUCCAGGGAGAUAGCUGAGAAGCUGGUCAACACGUUCUUCGACAAGGUGCACCCUUUCUACUUCAUUUUCCAGAGAGAGGCCUUCUCCAGGCUGCAUUCUCUGUUUUGGCAGAAGUUGACUGUUGAUGACCCAGCCAUGGACUACACGGCUCUGGAUAACCCAAUGUGCGGGUGUAUCUUCCUCGUAUGGUCUAUUGCAAGCAAGAUGUGCGAUGUUGUGUUGGAACGGAGCGAUGAGAUCGACGAAGUGCUCCAUUUGAUCUUACCAGAUGCAACGUUGGGAGCAUCUACGAGCUCUAUCCAGUUCCUCUAUCUCUACGCAACGUAUCUACACUCGAAGAAGAACAGGGAUGCCUCAUGGAACCUGAUUGGGCUCGCAAUAAGACAGGCGAUGUCCCUAGGACUGCACAGAGACAUGGCCAACGACAACACCAAUGCACAGAUCUUUUGGACUCUUUAUCAAACAGAGCUGUCACUGUGCUCCAAUUUUGGAAGACAGAGCACUAUAAACGAAGAAGAGAUCACCAUUGGCUAUCCAGACCUGACCAAUGAGCUCUCCGUCUCAGAUGGCUUCAAACAGUACUAUUUAUCAACGCUGAAGCUCUCGAGAUUCCUCAGCAAGAUCAUCAAGGAGAGAAGAGUAGCGACGGCCCAGCAACCGUUGUCGUUGAUAAACAUUGAGCGCACGUUGGCCUUGAAGACUCAACUGAACAAGCUGUACUACGAGAUCAACAUCAAGCCAAUGUCACAGAUCGUCACCGUGUAUGACUUCAAAUUGAGCAUAUUGUACCACCAUUACAUGACUCUACUGACGCUCCCCUUUCUCGUGUUCAUCACCACGAAUAAUUACAAGAUCCUGAGUGACGAGACUCUCCUGAGUAUUGUCCAGAUGGGACUCCAGAGUGCUGUCAUCAUUGCACAGACAAUGGAUACGACGCUGCACAUGUCUCUAGACCUCCAUAACGGUGGCAUAUCUCAGGACUGUAUGGUUGGUUACAUCAGUUCGCUUUGCCUGUCGUUGUUCUGCAUAUACCUUUGUAACGGCUCCAACGACACAUGGGAGAUACCUCUGGACAUCCAAGGAACCCAUGUGACGCUCGACAAGGAGGCCACACUUGUCUACAUCUCGAUGAUCUCUCAGUUCAUGCAAUCGUACAAGCUGGAUUCGACAACCACGAGAAUUGCAGAGGUCACACAGGGCUUGACUAAGGACCUCAACGCAGUUCUUGAGUCUCAGCUAAGUGACAUGGGCUUCGACCUCUUCACCCUCCAGCCAGCAGAGCAACUCGUGUUCGACUCGCUCUUCUCAAACAACGAUAUCUACCUCAGCGAUAUAUAG